AUUGAUUCAAAUGAUAGAAAACCUGGUAUCUAUGUACCUGACAAUGAAUUGAUUCAAAUGAUAGAAAAUAUAGAUGCUAAUGGAGAUGGGUUUGUGGAUAUUGAAGAGUUUGGAGGAUUAUAUCAAACGAUAAUGAAUGAGAGAGAUGAGGAUGAGGACAUGAGAGAAGCAUUCAACGUUUUCGAUCAGAACGGCGAUGGGUUUAUCACGAUGGACGAGUUGAAGUCGGUUUUGGCAUCCUUGGGUCUAAAGCAAGGAAGAACUUUUGAGGAUUGCAAGAGGAUGAUCAAGAAGGUGGAUGUGGAUGAUCAUAAAGUUAACUCUUCUCACCUGUCAGAUUUUCUCUCUAUUUUGUAGAGAGAGAGAGUUCUUUCUCCAGUUGAGGAUGAGACUUUUUUUAUGCUGACUCUGUGCGACUGCUCUUGCUCCUCUCAGGAAGAGCGGCUCCUCCCCCUCCCUUGCCUAGAUGUGGACAUGCUCCCUCCCUUUAGGACAAGAUUGUACAUAGUUUUGGUAAUUUUUUUUAUAUUGGAGCUUAAAGAAAGGGAGUUUAUUUCGUCCUGCUUAGGUUUGUUUGCAUAUAGUGGCUCUUAUUUGUUUUUGCAGAUUUGGAUUCCAGAGCUACACCCCAAGUGGUUUACAGAGAUCUGAAGGCGAUGAGAUAUGGUUUGUUUUGACCGUGAUGCUUUCUUCCCUUCCUUAGUUUAGAAUCGUUUGAUCUAAAAAUCACCUCGACUCUAGAGAUAAUUGGCAUGAUAUGAUCGAGAAAGACAGCCUUUCCUUUUUAAAGUAUUGGAUCCAGGUGCAUGUGCUCGACGGUCCUUCCCUUCAUCUCUCUUAGAUUUGGUAGGCUUGCAUGUGGCUUUUUGACUAGUGAUCCUCUCUGUGCUUCAUCUUAUUGUUUCAAAGCUUCUGACAGCCAUGGUUGAUGAUCUCCUUCCCUGUUAUCAUUGGUGGUGUUGGUUUGCAGGAGUCGAAUUAUAUCUAGGCCAUCGGGUCUAAACUUGUUGUAGUUCUUUUCUUUUUCUAUUUGGCUAUAGGUCCUCUGAUUUUUUUUUUUUGGAAUUUUUGUGGGUUUAACCUAUAAAUUUAAUUUUAAUUAAAAUUUAAAUUUAAGACUUGGAAAUUUUUAAAUUUCACCGAUUAUAUGUAAUAAUAAUUGAUUAUAC